CGCAAACGUAAGAGAGAUCCCAAAUUUGUCGUUUAUUAUUUGUCGUUUUCAUAUGACAACUCAGUGCUUCCCUCCUCUUUGCCCAUCUCUUCCAAAAACCCUAAAUGCUAAGAGUAUAAAUGAGCACAGACCCUAAAGAAUAGCUGUAGAAAACUGUAAUUUUUUUUUUUGAUAAACAAAAAACUCAGAAAAAAUUGCUCUCUUGUCGUUGAAUCAUGGUCGUCCCUGUCCUUACAUCUGACGGUAAGAUCUUUGAAACCAUAAUCAGAUCUCAUUCGCAUUUUCCCUCUUACCAUAGUUUUUUUUUUCUUUCUUUUUUUUGCGAAACCCUUUACUAUAGUUUCGUCAGAUUUCUCACAAUGACUCGCUGAUUUUUCUUUUUAUGUCUGUUUUGGUGUUGAUGGAUGGAGCAGAUGGGUUUUACGCGAUUAACAACCAGUUUCUGGCAGAUGGGCCAAAAGGAUUCACCGAGUUCAAGAUGGUUGAGAACGAGGAGAUGUUCAUUCGGAUUGACCUUCCCGGCGUUCCGGACGACGGCGUGAGGGUUACGAUUGAUCCGACGAGGAAAACUGUGUCUAUCUCCGCCAAAGCACCGAAGGAGCACAAACACGACUCCUCUCCUCGGAUCUACCUCACCGCUACAGGGCUCGUCUGCAAAUGCUGCUCAAUCUCCAACUUCACCUCCCACAUGUGUGACGGCGUUCUCAGGCUUCUCCUCUUCAAGAGACAGAGCACUUCAAAUCGCUCUUCCUCCAUCUCGUUUCUUGGUGGCCCAGAUUUCCGAGAUGAUCUUCGUAGCUAUGGUCCUCACAAAUUUCCGCAUGCCUCGGACCCCUUUGGGAAUAUUUUUAAUUGUUGUGAUAUAUGUGGAGCAGACCCGACGUUAACGGGUCGGGUGUUGAAGCCACACCCAUGUGUGCUUCAAGGAUCGGAGAUGGCCUAUGAGUCGAAGAAGCUCCAAAACGGCAGCCUAUACGUGCGUGUAGACAUGCCAGGCGUUCCCAAAGACAGGUUCACCAUCUCCGUUACGAACGGGAGAGUGAUGGUGACUGGUGAAGCUCCUGCCGUUAGCCACGACUCAGGUGGUCGGUUCUAUUCUGGCGACGUGGCUAUGCUUGAUACUCUUAUCAGCAUCCCUAGCCGUCGGAUCAAAACCAUCGCCAAGAACGGUGUGAUUCGUUUGAUAAUCCCUCCCGUUUGAUUUGAUGAUCGAUGUUGUGUUUCUUGACGAAGCCCUAAUUCUGUUUCUUAUUUUCGCCUUCUGGAGAAUGGACCUUUUCGUUAGGGAUUGUAUGGUCGAUGUCGUUAUUUUGGUGGAACCAUAUGUCGGUCGUUUUUAUGUUUAAUACUUUAAUCAACUUUGGUUAUGUUCCAAAAA